AUGUUCCGAAACUCCAUCCGACACCACAACGACAUCUCCUUCAAAAAGAAAUUGAGGGAGAUAAAACCGGGACCAAACGCCUUCAAGGAAAUAAACCGCCUCAUCGGUAGGAGAAAACCACUGCCGGAAGUCAUGAUGAGCAACAACAUCGAGCUAACUUCAACGAAUGACAAAGUGGAAGCUUUUGCCAAACACUUUGAACAGAGUUUCACUACAAAACCAUCAACGGACCAAGCCUUCCUCAACGAAGUAGAAACCCCCAUCCAGUUGAUUCAACAGCCAAACAUUGAAGUUCAAUUUGACGACAACUGCAAAGCUGAUGAACCAGCUAAUACCCAUAAAUUCUGCAAUCCUGAGGAGAUAGCUGAGAUCAUUAACAACUUGAAGCCGAAGAAAAACUUCUUCGUAGAAAUAGAUAGUUGCAAGUCAACGAUUAGAGACGUAAAGGCUGAAUUCGCCCAAGGAUCGAAACUUGGACCAUUCCUCUACAGCCUGAUGACAUCUGACCAGCCAGUACAAACGGAUUGUGAGAACCUGCUGUUUGCGGAUGACUCACUCACCUAUUCGUCCUCCAUGUUUUCUACGAUCGCAGCCCGAAGAGUAGAAUCACACAUAAGCAGACUUUAUACGAGUACUACCAGAAGUGGGGAAUAA